AGGCGGGGCUGGCUGGCUGGCGGCAGAGGCUCCUUCGGCGGUCCGCCCUGGCCCGCCUCCUCCUUCCUCCUCCCGCCGCUCUCCCUCUUCUAGCUCCAGCCAUCGCAGCCGCCGCGCCGUCCUCCCCGUCGUCUCCAUCCUCCUCCGGCGCGCCACGAUGUGGCUCACCUCGGCGCUGGCGCUGGCCGCCGCCGGCUUGCUGGGGCUGCUGCUGGCCGUGCUGCCCGGCCGUCUGCGGCCGCUCGCCUUGGCCGACUUGGCCUUCCUGGUGCGCGCCUGGCGCUGCCGCCGACGGCUCCUGCACGGCAAGGCGGGCGCGCUCAGCCUGGCGCAGCGCUUCGGGCGCCUGUGCCGAGCGCGGCCCCAGCGCGUCUUCCUGCGCUUCGAGGAGCGCAGCUUCACCUACGGCCAAGCCGAGCGCCAGAGCAACCGCGUGGCCAACGCGCUGCUCCGCUUGCCCGACGGGCAGCCGCCGCUCCUGCCCGGCCAGACGGUGGCGCUCUUGGUGGGCAACGAACCCACCUUCAUCUGGGCCUGGAUCGGCUUGGCCAAGCUGGGCGUCGUGCCGGCUUUCCUGGGCACCGCGCUCCGCCGAGGGGCGCUGCUCCACUGCGUGCGCACUUGCGGCGCCAGGGCGGUCCUGGUGGCGCACGGUGAGUUGCAUACCCCCCCACUCCCCACCCCGUCGCGAUUUGUUCUUUCGGGUCUGUAAAAGGGACUUGGCGAACUUUGGGGGUCUGCAGAGGCUGAGAUCCAAGGCUCGCGUUACUUGGGAGUAAACCCCUAUUAGGGAACGUAGGGAGGGCUAAGUACUCUCUUCCCAAAACAGACCGCUGCUCCGUGGGAAGGUAGGAAGCUGCCUUAGACUGAAUCAGACCCAUUGUGGUCUAUCUAGCUCAGUACUGUAGACACGGACUGGCAGCAGCUUUCAGGCUGUCGUCUCAAGGGGGGUUCAAGGGGAGGGAGUGAUUCCCCUGGAGAUGCUGGGAAUUGAAUUCAGGAUCAUUCUGCAUGCAGGGCAGAUGACCCACCAUUGUGCAGCGCCCCUUCCUCAUUGAGAAUAGCAGGAUCGACUUCUCUGCAUGUUUGUGCAGGGUCACGCUAAACAUGGGCUUGCUUGCCUGUUAGUGGGUUUUAACCUGGUUUCGGGCUAUCUAUUGGUUGUGUCUCCUGGUUCAAAGCCCCCUGUAGCAACCAGAGGUGCGGUGGGCAGCUACUUCCAGGGGCAAAUCCUUAUUAUUUACCUAUUCAAUUUCUAUUCCACCCUUCAUUCAAAGAUCGCAGGGCGGUUCACAACAUAGCAAUACAAAAACGUUUAAAUCCUCUGUUUCUGUGUUUGGAAUGUCUGAAGUGUUCCAGUCGCUGUUGGAUGGUUUCUUUAAAUUUUAGGUUUCGUUAUUGUUCCACAAGUAUGUCUUUAAGGGCCAGAGCAAAUAACAUGACCCGGUUUUACAGCUGUGAAGCAGCAUAGCAGGUGCUGUUAAGUUGGGUUAAUGAAGCUGUUGGGUAUAGUAUAUAAAGAGCAGCAUAUAACUCUCUCAGUACCCUGGUGGAUGGGUCACACUUAUUGAUAUAAUGUAAUUUAGUGUAAAAGGAGUUUUUGUUAUUUGUUAUUAAACCAAGCAAAAGUUACUUUUGCGUUUCUUGAAUGUGUGGUCUCCCCUGCACGCUUUCUGCAGCCCAACUAAUCUGCGAAAAAGCCAACAGUCGCAUCGGUUUCAGAAUUGCACACAUACACACUGAAAGGAAAUGAGCCCAGAGCAGCUACUCUUACAGAGACGUGGCAGGCACCCUCUUUGGAGAACAAGUACUCUUUUUUCGCUCUUGCCUUAAGAACGAGAGAAUAUUCUAACUGUGUGUACAGAGAGAGCGCAAUUACCUCCUGUUUUUCUCCUCUACCCUGGUAGAGGCUGUUUGGAAGAAGGUGAGCAGCAACUCAAACAGAGAUAGGAUAGUCAGCCUCCUCUGACAGCAGGCCAUUGUGCUGCGUCUCUGAAUUUGGAAUGGCUGGACCGCUGCAGAGAUGUGGUAGCUUUAGCUGUCCCUGAUAGGACCUGAUUGCAAGGAGGCGAGCCCAGCACAGGGACUCAAGCAGAGCUGCAACAGGCAGCCUCAUCGUGGCUGUUUCACCGGUCUUUCCAUUGCUAAGGGUGAUAGAAUGUGCUGAUUAUUCAGGAAUACAGCCAAAUCAGUCCUGGGCGGCUGUGUCACCUCUACGCCCCCAACCCAGGGCGCAAUGCAACCAGUUUGGCGACAUUCUGCCCCAUAGCAAGGAGAAUUUGUCACUCUUUGCUUUUCUGUAGGGUGCUGGGUGCGUUGCUCUCUUCUCUAAUGCUAGCAUGUUGAAUGGAAAAAAAAGAGUCAGUAAUUAUAUGUGAUCCCUGAUUGGCUGGGAUAUGUGUCUAGGAGAGGGGCAGAGAACCUGUGGCCUCCCAGAUGUUGCUGGACUCCAACUCCCAUCAUGCUUGAUAGUUGGCCAUGAUGGCUGAUGGGACUUGGAGUCCCAACAGCCCUUGGAGGGCCACAGGUCCCCCAUAUCAGGUCCUACUGAGGGCCUUCUUGGUAGUGGCACCCACCCUUUUGAAUGCCCUCCCAUCUGAUGUCAAGCAGAUAAGCAACAAUACAGUGGAACCUUGGUUCUCAAACAGCUUAGUUGACCUACAAAUCGGCUCCCGAAAACACGAAGAAAGUGUUCUAGUUUUCGAAAGUUUUUUGGAAGCCAAACGUCCGAUGCGUCUUGGUUUUCGAACGGUUUUGGGAUUUGGACGGACUCCAGGAACAGAUUACGUUCGAGAACCAAGGUUCCAGUGUACAACCUUUAGAUGACAUCUGAAGGCAGCCCUGUAUAUCGAAGUUUUUAAACGUUUAACGUUUUAUUAUGAUUUUAUAUGUGUUGGAAGCCACCCAGUGUGGCUGGGGCAACACAGUCAGAUGGGCAGGGUACAAAUAAAAUCAUUACUUAUAAAGGUAAUGAUAAUGAUAAUAAUAUCUGCUUUAGGAGAUGGGUCUCCUUCUUUUUUAUUGCACGCAAACAGUGGGCACAUUUAGUGAUUAUUUCUGAUCAUCCGCUAAGAAAAUAUAAACAUUCCCUACAGGAUGGUUAGCUAAAGAGAACUUCCAGAUGCUGAGGGUGUCUAACUUAGAAUAGCAGUUGUUGGCCGUGCCUUAGUGCCCUUCCCAUUAGGGCAUCUGGCUGAUAACUGGGUGAGACAAGAGGCUGGACUGGGCAAGGCACAAACAGCCAUCGCCAUUAGGAAUGGAGCCUCCCUGUUCAGACCCAGUUUAUCUCUGAAUGCCAGACACCAGGAACACACAACAAGCGAGGGCUGUGCUUCUAGGCUUCCUGGCUGCUGCUCACUGUUGGAGACAGGAGGCUGGUCUUUGCUCUGAUCCAGGGAGGCAUCACUGAUAAUGGAUUAGAUACGAGCAGCUAGCCAUCAUGAUAGCUGAGAAGAGUGGAGCCUCCAGAGGCAGUGUACCUUUGAGUCCAGACACUGGAGGGCAGAGAGCAGGGAAGGAUAUUAUUAUUAUUAUUAUUAUUAUUAUUAUUAUAUUGUAAUUAUCAUUAUAAUUAUUUUUUACCCUUUAUCCCAGGGCAGGUUGCAUCAACGAGAGUGGUGCAGUUCCAAAUAAAUUUGGGUUAAUUUGCAGCUUUAAAGGCAGGGCCACAAUAAAUACCUUUCAGCUAUCAAAACGCCUCCACGCCCUGUUUGUGGGGUUCCUUGGAGCCUCUGGCCAGGGAUUUGGGGGGCGGGGGGAGGAACAGGAUGCAAGACGCCACGGACUUUUUAUUUUUAUCUAGCAGGGCUCUUUAUUUACAGUGUUGGUCUCUUCCGAGAGCAGCUUGCAAAAGUCAGCGAUAAGAACGUUCCGGCCCUCGGGUUUCCACACCAAGAGCCACGGCACAAAAGGAAAACGGGUUUGGGAGGGGGAAGGAAAAAAGAAAUCUCAGACCCAGUUUGAUUUGGUUGGAAUUAAUUUUAUAAUGAAAUGAUUUUAGAAUGUUUUAUCGUUUUACUGUUGUUAGCUGCUCUGAGCCCGGGUUCGGCUGGGGAGGGUGGGAUAUAAAUAAAAUUUUUUAUUAUUAUUAUUAGCUGUGGAGUUCUUGUCAAUAAUAGCUGAAAGGGGGAAGAAAAAAGAUUUCAAGGAGAGGAGGAGCCAAAGGUUGCUGGUCUUUUGGCAGAGGCCCUGCGGUCCAGUCUCUUCCUCUCCUAUAUAGCCUGAUGGAAUGGCUGCUGAUCCGAGUUGAGGGGCACAGCCUGAUGGAAAUAAUCGCUUAACCCUAACCCUCCCAAGGGCUGUUUCCCAACUAAGUUCUACUCGGAUUCAACCCGCUGAAUUCAUCCAAGUCAGGCAUAUUGAUUAAUUUCAGUGGGUCGACUCUGAGAUUGGAUUAUAUGUGCAUAAAAUUGGAUUACACAUAGAGAUAUACAUACUGCUAGGGGGUGGCCAACUCCCGAGAGACUGCGAUCUACUCACAGAAUUAAAAACUGGCAGUGAUCUACUCCCCUUUUUGAGGGGUUCAGGUCACAGUUUCUGAGGUUUUUUUUAGGGAGGAGAAAAGCCCUGAUUUUUGAGAAUUCAAAGGAGAAAGGGGAACAUCCACUCAUCAACAGAUCGCUGCGGAAACUCACAGCCUCGGUGAGUUAACUCCAUCGUCAAACAAUGGAGGGCGGGGCAAGGGGGCAGGCUGGAUUCUAUUUUAUUAACGCUAAGGAAAGAGACCCAGCAAUCGACCGCGAUCUACCAAAACCUCCCGGGGAUCAAACAGUAGAUCGCAAUUGACCUGUUGAACAUCCCUGUGCUAGAUAAAUAGAUAUGGCUAUAGGAGCCGCUACUCCUAAAUUUUUUUUAAGUGGCCUUAAAACUCUGGAAGGUUUCCCGCGCCUGUAAAUUUCAUCCGCUUUGGCCCAAAAUAACAGCUUUUACACUACCCGAAAUUCUGAAUGGGGACUCCAGAGUUUUAUACAGAGGGUCAUUCUCCAGUUAACUUCUGCUCAGAGCAAGCCCAUUUAAAUGAAUUCAUCUAAGUUAGUCCUGUCCAUUAAUUGUAACGGUUCUACUCUGAGUAGGGCUAAUGUUGGAUGCAACAACAACAGAUGUUGUUGGACUGGUUUCUUUGUAGCUGACGCCGGUUGUGAAGUUGUUCACCAUAGUUCCUUCUGUAACAAUUACAGAGUUAAGAGGGACAGUUAGCCUCCCACCCCCCCUUUUCGUAUCUGCACAUGGGGAAAUUCUCUGUUCCAAGAUGUGUCUCCAGGCUCAUAGCAAAUACAUUUCCUUAACUUAAACACCACAGAAAAGAAGAUAAAAUGAGGUUACAGCAUAAAAACUUUGCAAAGUGCUAGCUUUGCAAAUCUAAAAUGUUGAUAUGGUGUUUUUGACCUAUAAUCAGCUGGUAUUGAUUAUUGAUGCGGUGCUGAGAAACCCUAAUCAAAUCAUAAUUAGCUGAAUCAGCAAGGCUAGAGUUUGGUAGCAGACCAAAGGUCAUAUGUAUCUCCAAACUGGGGGGAGAUGCUCAAGAAACUAAUGUUUAUAUCCAUUUUUGAAAGGGAUAGGUUAGAAUUCAAUGAUCAAACAAGACUAUGUCCCACAAAAUAUUCAGUUUCAUGUAGGGACUUGAUAAAUCAUACACCCCAGAUGCAUCAAUGCCUGCCAUAAUUAAAUAAUUUUAAUAAAACCACAUCAAUUACAAACAAUUGCCUUAAAAAUAAGAAGUGUAUUUGGAUAGAAGUUGCACAGGCCUAAAUUAUAUGAGAAUGUGUUUGGCUUGCAUCUGAACAUACGUAAAGCAUCCAUGUUAAAAAUAGCCUCCGCUGUGAACACGGCUUGCUUAACAAGAAGGGACUGAUUGAGUCAGGCCAACUCAAGGUUUUCUUUUUAUAAUGGGAGAGAUAAAGGUAUCGGUUCGAGAUAGGGAGUGGGGAGUUGUGGCCUUCCAGUGUGGUAUUCAAGUUUGGCCUGUCUCCGAAGGACGUUGCCAUCAUAAAAAGAUGCCUUUUAUUCCCAUUUUAAUAAAUGGGCUGUGUUGGAGUAAGGCAAAUCGGCUUAUGGGGCCUGUUUCGGUGUGUCUGAAACGGAGCAGAAUGGGUGCAGAAGGGAGAAUAUUUGCCACAGAUGCUGCUGGGAUCACAAGUUGCUUUUGAACUCGGGUCCUGCUACGGGUUUCCCAUUAGGGCACCCGGUCGGCCACUGUGAAAACAGGAUAAUAGAAUCAUAAGAGGCGGAAGGGACCCCGAGGGUCAUCUAGUCCAACCCCCUGUAAUGCAGGAAUCUUUUGCCCAACGUGGGGCUCAAACCAACAACCCUGAGAUUAAGAGUUGUGCUCUACCGACUGAGCUAUGUUGCAGGUAUUUUGUGGUUUUAGAUCUUGAUUUUAUUCUGUGAACCGCCAUGAGUCGCCCAGGUACAGGACGCUGUAUAAAUUCAAGAAACAACAACAACGACUGGAUAGGCCCCCUUUGGCCGGCUCCAGCAGACUCUUCUGAAGGUGCCGGAAACCACCUCAGGGUGGCUUUCAAAGACGACUAGUCAAAUUCAUGGAAGGGAGGCCUCGCCGGAGGCAAAAUGGCUGCCUAGAACCUCCAGCUUCAGAGCAAGUCUACCUCAGUAUGAGUGGCUGGGGGCCGCAGGUGGGGAGAUUUACUGUUGCGCUCAGGUCUUCCUUGUGGACUUGCCAGAAGGAGAGCAGGAUGGGUCCUGUUUGGCCGGAUCCUGCAGCCUGCUCUUUUGCAUGCUUCAGAUGCGCUCUCGAGGGAUAAUAAGGGGAUUCAACAACAACAACAAACCACUUCCUCCUUUGUCGGUCCUCCUGCAGCGUGAGAAGACUCCCAAGGCUGCUUUUUGAACCACUAAUUAAUACCCCAACCUGAACCAAAGCCUGCUUCCCACAUCGCAGGGAACUGGGAGGCCUUUGUGGGGAUUAACGCAUCGCUGCUGCUGCUGCCUGCCGGGUUGAUUCAAUUUGCGGAGGGCUGUCGUCAUCUUUGGGGUGGGGGCAGGGGCGGCAGCGGAGACAAAAGGCCGGAGAAUGGACCUUCCCCGUGCGUGACUAAUGGCUGCGUUCUCCGGCUAGCGAGGGAGGUGGGAGUGGGAUCGCGGAAGCCAGCCCAGAUUGCCCUCGCUCUCAGUGGGGAAACUGAGGUUAGCUGGCCGUAUAGAACGCUGGCUUCUGCUGAGCCAGACUUUUGAUCCGGCUAGCUCAAUAUAGCCUGCACUGAUUGGCAGCGGCUCUGCAGGCAGGAGACACCAAUGCUACUUGGAGAUGGUGGGAAUCGAACGUGGGACCUUGGGCAUGCGAAUCUGGUGCUCUUUUUAAUAAUAAUAAUAAUAAUAAUAAUAAUUUUUUAUUUAUACCCCACACUCCCCAGCCAAGGCCGGGCUCAGGGCGGCUAACAAGCAAUAAUAAAAACAAGUUGAAUGAAAAACAUGAUUAAAAUACAACAAUUAAAAUAUUGAAACAUUAAAAUAUUAAAAUGCAGCCUCAUCACAGGAGGAGAAAGGAAAAAGAAAAAAGAAAGAGGGGGAGGGAAUCAAAUUGAUUCCAAGCCAAAGGCCAGGCGGAACAACUCUGUCUUACAGGCCCUGCGGAAUGAAAUCCGAUCCUGCAGGGCCCUGGUCUCAUGAGACAGAGCGUUCCACCAGGCCGGAGCCAGUGUUGAAAAGGCCCUGGCUUUGGUUGAAGCCAGUCUAACUUCCUUAGGGCCUGGGACCACUAGGGUGUUGUUAUUUAUGGACCUUGAGGCUCUCCGUGGGGCAUACCAGGAGAGGCAGUCCCGUAGGUACGAGGGUCCUAGGCCGUGAAGGGCUUGAAAGGUCAAAACCAGCACCUUGAACCUGACCCUGUACUCCACCGGGAGCCAGUGCAGCUGGAAAAGCACUGGGUGAAUAUGCUCCCAUGGCAGAGACCCCGUGAGGAGCCUCGCUGCUGCAUUCUGCACCCGCUGGAGUUUCUGGGACGGCUUCAAGGGCAGCCCCGCGUAGAGCGAAUUACAGUAGUCAAGCCUGGAGGUGACCGUCGCGUGGAUCACUGUGGCCAGGUGAUAAAUAAAUAAAUAUUAAAGAUAAAAACAGCUACACGCAAUCGGAGAGUCCUCUCCGAAUGCACUGCAGAACCUCGUCGGAAGUGUAUAUGCUGAAAUCAUCACAAUCUUAACAAACACGAAAGGAUGCCCGAUAAUCUCUAUCGCUUGGACUGUUUUCCUCAAAUGAAAAGAUAUAUUGUAUCCGCAGCGGCGAUGCUCUACAGGGUUUAUACAAAGGCAGGAGGGAAGAACAACAAAUACUAAUUGAAAUGUGUGCUUUACGCAUGCCAAACUCUGCUGUAGACCAUAGGCACCGUUCUGCCAUAUGCCUCAUUAUUUGUAUAAUCUAUAAAGUCGCCCCAGACUUCCCUAAAAGUUACCAUAUUUUCCCCGUCCUCUUGCUACCUGCAAUUUCCAUGUCGGUUUCCCCAACAAUGGUUAUGGUAAAGUCGUGGGGUUUAAACUGAAUUUAAACAAGACAAAACUAUUAGUUAAAAAUCUGUUGCCAGAUGAAAAAAUAAUACAAAUUAAAAUCUACCCCAAAAUUACGUAAGUAUUUAGGAGUAUGGAUAACACCAAAGAAUAUUAACUUAUAUGAAGAUAAUUAUACCAAUUGUUGGAAAGAUAUCAAAAGACAGUUGGAGACAUGGACUAGGUUAAAUUUAUCAUUCUUGGGCCGUAUUUCGGUAAUUAAAAUGAUGGUUUUACCGAAGCUACUCUUUCUAUUCCAAACAAUUCCAAUUAUAAGAAAGACCAGCUGUAUUGAUAAGUGGCAAAAAGAAAUUUCUAAAUUUUUGUGGAAGGGUAAAAAACCAAGAGUAAAGCAUAAGAUAUUAAUAGAUAUUGUAGAAAGAGGUGGCUACAGGUUAUAUUACGAAGCCUCAUGUCUUCUCUGGUUGAAAGAUUGGUGUACAUUAAAAAAUUGGGAUAUUUUAGAUCUAGAAGGUCAUGAUACCCGGGAAAAUAAAGGCGCAUAAGAGCUUUUCAAAUCAAUAAUUGCAGUUAUUCCCAUGCCCUGGCAAUGGUCUUUCUUGUUGCAGUUAACAGAUGGGGUACGAGUUCUUUGUUUCUAAUUUAUGGCAUAUCCUGACAAGGCUGGGUGAUUAUAUCGUCCAAAGCUGGUUUGCAAGCCAUAACAUGAUACCAGUUUCAUCAUUUUUGCCCUGGCAAAUUAUCAUAAAUCAUAUGUGUUUGUGUGCUAUGCAAAAAUCACGAUGCGGGGAAAACCGUGAAGCCAGCCAAUGCCUAGCUCCAUCCUUAUUUCAGACAUUGUGAUAUAUCAGUAUAUCGCAAUGUUUGGCUGGUGAUAUAUCACAAUGUUGAGAACCAGAUAUGGCCCAACCCUAAUCCUGACUAUACAAGUUAAGCAAAGCCAGUCAUUGGUACUGUCUGCCUUGUGAUCAAAGAGAUCUCUAUAAAAACAUUUCCCCAGAACAUUCCUGUUUUUGGACACUUCCACCACAUGUGUCGAUAUGUCCCUAUAGAGAGACAACCUCUCCAACACAAAGGAGAACUGUUUGGGUCUAUAUAGACUAGGCGUCAAGGUGUUAACUACCAACCAUGUAUGAUUUUAAGGGCUCUUUCUCUGUCUGUUGCCGAUAUGGAUUUAUGCGUUGCAUUUGUCCACAGUCUUUCCAUGCCUCUUCUUCAAUUUCUAAAUCCCAAUUCAAUCCUCACCAUUUUCUCAAAGCAAAUCAGGUGCUCUUAUUACUGAGCUAUGGCCUACCCUUAAAAAUAAUUGUUAAGAUUCCAGUCCUCAUGAUAUGAGUAAAUAGGAACAUAUAGGAAGCUGCCAUAUCGUGAGCCAGACUUUUGGUCCAGCUUAUCCAAUGUUGUCUACACUGACUGGCAGCAUCUCUCCAGCGUUUCAUCCUAUUUCUUUGUAUUAUCCAGGAGUUAGCAGCCAACUCAGGAGUUCAUGAGCCACAGCCGGUCCUUUUCAUCCCGGGCUGUGUCUACCAUUUUAAAUAAUACCAUUUUAAAACAGCCAUGGCUCCCCCACCCUCAAUAAUUCUGAGAAGUAUAGUUUGUGAGGGGUGCUGAGAGUUGUGAGAGACACCCCCCGCCUUCUCCCCACAGAGCAACAGUUUCCUGAGGGGUUUCACAACCAGCCCCUCUUCCCAGGGAACUCUGGGAGUUGUAGUUCCAUGAGGGGAACUGGAGAGUCUCCUAACACCACUCAGCACCCAUAACAAACUAUAGCUCCCAGAAUUAUUAUUAUUUUUUGGGGGGGGGGAGCCAGGAGUGUUUAAAGUGGUAUCGUAGCGCCUAAAUGUGCGUAUGGAGGAGGUUGCAGCCUUGCUGAGUUAGGCGAUUCCUGGUCAGCCCACAUUGUAUACUGACGCUUACUUCCAUCUUUCCGUCUCUCUGUCUCUUUGCAGAGCUUUUUGAAGCUGUGGAGCCCAUCCUUUCCAGCUUGGAGGAAAUGGGCGUGGCGGUCUGGGUAUUGGGGAAGGGGCCCUAUCCUCCCCACGUGACUGGGCUCCAGGAUCUGUUGGAGAAAGCGUCUGAGGAGCCCGUCCCCUUUGAACUCUCCACUCCUGGCAGCUUGUCGGAUACCUGCCUCUACAUCUUCACCUCGGGGACCACAGGUAUAGUGGGCAGUUUGUACAGGUAGCAGAAACCUAGGCUAUUCCACCUCCGGUGUAGCGGUCAAAGUGUCAGGCCAGGACCUGGGAGAGGCCAGGGUUUGAAUCCACCGCUCGGCCGUGAAGCUCACCGGGUGUGGCCUGGGUCCAGUCAUGGCCUCUCAGCCCAACCAACCUCACAGGUUAAUUAACCAACCUAUAAUAAGAUGUCAAGGAAAUAAGCAACUAUCUGACUUUUAGAAAACAUCUGAAGGCAGCCCUGUUUAGGGAAAUUUUUAAUGUUUGAUGUUUUAUGUUUAUUUAUAUAUAUUUAGGAAGCCGCCCAGGGUGGCUGGGGAAACCCAGCCAGAUGGGCGGGGUAUUAAUAAUAAUAAUAAUAAUAAUUAUUAUUAUUAUUAUUAUUAUUAUUAUUAUUGGAAUUCAGGAAGGGAAGACCCAAGUACCUUGAGCUCCUUGGAGAAAACGGGGAUAUCAACACAAUAAGUAAAUACCGUAUGUUUUGCUCUAUAAGACUCACUUUUUCCCUCCUAAAAAGUAAGGGGAAAUGUGUGUGCGUCUUAUGGAGCGAAUGCAGGCUGCGCAGCUAUCCCAGAAGCCAGAACAGCAAGAGGGAUUGCUGCUUUCACUGCGCAGCGAUCCCUCUUGCUGUUCUGGCUUCUGAGAUUCAGAAUAUUUUUUUUCUUGUUUUCCUCCUCCAAAAACUAGGUGCGUCUUGUGGUCUGGUGCGUCUUAUAGAGCGAAAAAUACGGUAGUAAUCAGUGCAUUUGCCUGUAAGGAAUUUAUUCCCCAUCUAUCCAGUGGAGAAGUGCUGAAACUAAUGGUGUCUCCAGCCCCAAACACACACAAGCAGAAGUGGUGCAGUCCGGAAAUUUAAGUGCCGGACUGUACCACUUCGGUCUGCCUAGCUCAGUAUUGUCUAUUCUGACUGGCCACAGCCGUCUGGGAUUUCAGAUAUGGAACAGUCCCAACUCUACUUGCAGAUGACGGGGAUCAAUCCUGGAACCUUUGGAAUGCAAAGCAAAUGCUUCCUCCAGCAGCCGAUUCAUUUGCUUCUGUACUAACAGCGAACUUCUUCUCAUAUGGAUGAGAAGGCAGAACAGCACCAUCCAUCAGGAUAAGCAGGAGGUCCCAGCCGGUUUGAGGGAACCCCAAGGUUUGCAGAAUUACGCCCACCAGAUAAAUGGGGAAAUCCCAAUGGGGACAGAGCGUGCUUAUUGGCCACGGAAUGCUGCCUGGAUGUCAGAGAAAAGAGGGAAUCAGGGUAGCAGGGUCAUGGAAGGGAGCAUCCGGCAAAAGGGUAGUCUGUCUGCCUUGGAGCACUGACCAGGAACAUGUUACACUGCAACAUUUCAUUGCAGUAUCCCAGUUAUAACAUACUUAUCCAAGUAUGCAAAAGAGGACCACUACACCAAAGAACGACGACAGCAACAACAACAGUUACAAUGUGGAACUUCUGGAGCUUCUGCUUCUGAAAUACAGGCAACGCUCGUUCUGAGGAUAGUGCCUAAAUCCAAAAUCCCAUAUAGUCAAAGCACAUAGGGUUCAGUGGUGGGUGGGAUUGCCAAAGUCUCCCCCAGCCGCCAUAUGUCCACCCCCUUUCUAAUUUUUUAAAAAUUGCCAAGCAUGUAUAAAGCUGAAUGUGUGCAAGUUAAAUGCAUGUAAGUUGUAAGUUACCUGUAAUUGAAGAAAAUGUUGACCGCCGAAAGGAAAAAAUGGAAAAUCAAGGGGAGGAGGGUUGUGGAAGGGAAUAUUCAGCAAAAGGGAGUGGCUGACCAGGAACAUUUCACGCUGCAACACUUAUUAUAACAUACUUAUCCAGGUAUGCAAAAGAGGAUCACCCCAAUAAUAAUAAUAACAGUGAUAGCAAUAAUGAUAAUAAUAAUAAUAAUAAGGUACAGUAGUACCUCGAUUUAUGCACUUAAUCUGUUCUGGAAGUCCGUUCUUAAACCAAAGCCGUUCUUAAAACCGAGGCGCACUUUCCCUAAUGAGGCCUCCUGCCACCAGUGCCCUUCCACCGUUCAGCUUCCGUUCGUAGACCGAGGUAAAGUUUGCAAACCAGGACACUACUUCCAGUUUUGCGGAGUUCGUAAACGGAAUAGUUUGUAAACAGUACUGUCCUUAAACCGAGGUAGCGCUGUACUUCUGAAAUGUCUGGUUCUGAAAUAUUGGAGUGGGGGGCAGAAUUGACAAAAAGGGAGAGGGAACAGCUCACCUCUUCCUUCCUUCCCUCCUCUCUGUUCCAGGACUCCCCAAGGCUGCUCGCAUCAGUCACCUCAAAUCCAUCAUGUGCUUGGGCUUCUACCAGCUGGUGGGGGCAUCCCGUUCGGACGUGAUCUACGUGGCCUUGCCCCUCUACCACAUGGCAGGGAGUCUUCUGGGGGUCAUCGGCACUCUUGGCCUUGGUAGGUUCAGGGGCUUGGUGGAGCGGAGCCCAUGGAGUGGCUUUUGUUUUUUCUUUGGGUGGGAGGAAACUGGCUUGUGGUUGCAAAUGCCGGGUCAUUAAGUUUGCAGAGGAUACAACAGUGGUUGGUUUAAUCACAGCUGGAGAGGGGGAGGCGACCUAUAGGAAGGAAGUUGAGCAGUUGGGGGAGUGGUGCAGGAAAAACAACUUACUCCUUAAGUUAAAGAAAACAAAAGAGAUUAUUGUGGACUUGUAAAUUGAAUAUUCAGCCACUUAAUAUUGAGGGGAAGUGCAUGGAACAGGUCUCAGUGUUUCGAUUUCUGGGAAUGGAGUUGAGAGAUGACCUAACCUGGGGAGAAAACAGCAAAGACCUGAUGAAGAGAGCACAGCAGAGGUUAUAUUUUCUGAGAAUCCUCCAGAAAAACAAUCUCUCAAAGGACCUGUUGAUGGCAUUUUACCAUUGUACUGUGGAGAGUGUAUUAACCUACAGUCUGUGUGUGUGGUUUGGGAGCUGCACAGUCAGGGAAAAAACAAUGCCGUCCAGGGUUGUAAAGACUGUGGACAGAAUAAUUGGGUGCACUCUUCCCACCUUGAAUCAAAUCUAUGCUUCCAGGUGUCAAAGGAAAGCUGCAGAGAUAGUGCAGGAUAGUGCGCACCCCAGAAAUGACCUCUUUCAGCUUCUGCCUUCUAGAAGAAGGUACAGGGUUAUAAAGGCUAGGAAUAGCCACCUGAAAAACAGUUUCUACCCAAAUGCGAUGUUGAUUUUAAACACAGUGUAAGGUAGUCUCUAGGGACGCGGGUGGCACUGUGGGUUAAACCACAGAGCCUAGGACUUGCCGAUCAGAAGGUCAGCGGUUCGAAUCCCUGCGACAGGGUGAGCUCCCGUUGCUCGGUCCCUGCUCUUGCCAACCUAGCAGUUUGAAAGCAUGUCAAAGUGCAAGUAGAUAAAUAGGUACCACUCCGGCGGGAAGGUAAACGGCGUUUCCGUGCGCUGCUCUGGUUUGCCAGAAGCGGCUUAGUCUUGCUGGCCACAUGACCCGGAAGCUGUACGCCGGCUCCCUUGGCCAAUAAAGCGAGAUGAGCGCCGCAACCCCAGAGUCAGCCACGACUGGACCUAAUGGUCAGGGGUCUCUUUACCUUUAAGGUAGUCUCUAUGGGAGUAUAUUGCAUUUAAUUAUGGGGUAUCAGAGUUUCUAGGGGGCUAACCAGGCUGGGAUAGCUGGGAUAGCAGUCCCCAGUCACCUCUCCAGCCCCUCCAGCGGUUGUAGAGCUGGGCAAGUCCCCUUUAAAAACAAACAAAUUGUUAGUUCCUCCAAGAAGAUGCACCCACGGGGUGCUGUAGUGAGCCCAGCAUUUAACUGGGAUCUAACUGGGAUUUGUCUGACCUCCAGGCGAACUGCUGUGUUGGACACACAGGAAGGAAUCCCCCAGCGGAAAAUGAAAGAAUUUGUAGAAUUCCAAAAGGUGCAGCGUUAUGAUAAUUUCACACCUGGGAGCCUUUUGUGAUAAAACCUUUGCUACAAAUACCUGGAUGGCUGUUGGAAUAUAUUGACCUCCUUCCCCAUAACAGAACCUUGUGAUUGCUUUGAUGGUCCUUUGAGGAUUUGCAGCUGCAGUUAUAAUCUGAUUAUUCCACGAACCCUUUUCGUUAAAAAUUAUGUCCAGAUUUUUUUUUUUUAAAAAAGUUACCUGUUCAGUGGGCUGCUUGUCAACCUGCCGUUUAUCUCUCUCUCUCUUUUCUUAGAAAACACCAUUACUUUGGAUUUUGUAUAGUUAACUAUUACUUGUUCAGUUUUUGCAGUAGGCUGCUGAAGUUCUUAAUAAUUACUGUAGUCCCACACAGGAGAGAGAAAUUAAAACUGCAUCGUCAGAAUAGAGAAGGACCGGAAGGGACAUAUUUACCAAUUUUGGCAGAUGGACUUUCAGUUAGGGAGUUAAUAUAAAAGUUAAAUAAAAUGGAGUGCAAGGAUGCAGCCUUGCUUCAUUCCAGUGUGGGUCUGGUUUUCUUUAGUUAAAUGCCCCUGCCGAUCACAUCUGAUCUGAAGUUGUGUGUUUUCAUGCAAACUACGAAUAAGAAUCAAGAUGCGCCUGUCUAUAUUUGUGUCACUUAGGUUUUUCCAAAGCCUUUCUCAGGUAUAAGAUCAAAGGCAGACUUAAAAUCUAUAAAAUCUGCAUAAAGAGACCCUCCUUUUGUUGAGGCAUACUUUUCCACGAGAUGUUGGAGCACCAGUCCGUGAUCUGUGGUUGACCCUUGGGCUCUGGAGAGUGAGACACAUAGACUCGGGGAGCUGUCCGUGGUCCUGACCUCCCUCGCCUCUGCGGAAAGUCUUUUCUUUUUAGUUUGUAAAUUUUAAUUGGAAAUUUUAUUUACAACAUAACAUAAACCCCCCCACCCCCAAUACAGAAAUCCACCCUCAUUAAACACGAAUAUAACAUACAAUAAGCAUAACAUACAAUAAUACAAACAACCAAAUAAAAGACUUCCUUUUUUACUUCUUAUUUACUUCUUAUAAGCUGUUUCCUUUAUGAAUAAUUAUUAAGAUUUUUCUAAUUAUAACUUAAAUAUCCACAAAGUCUCCUGCAGACAUUAAUCGAAACAAGUCCAGGUAUGUAUUUUAGGGCACUGUUUUGUGAAGUAUUCUCUGCAUUUUCCACAUGGUUUUUAAAACUCUUGUCUAGUGUGAUCUCUAAUUGCCUCUGCUAAUCUAGCCAGUUCAGUAUGCCUCUGCUGAAAGUCUUGACUUCUGGGCUGCCCAGAAGAGACUCAGCCUGACCUCUUUCAAGUCUCGAGUGUUAGGAUAUCAGAGAGAGAGGAUGCACUGCCCCCAAUUUGCAAGUUUCAGAUUAUUUUCUGGCCGAUUGCUGCUGCUUGGGUGCAAUUCUGCAGCUUCAACAAAUUGACACAGAAUCCCUCCUUUGCCUCCAGAUUUUUGGGAGCUCAAAGUCCCCCUGGCGUCAUUGCUUCCACCAGCUAGGCUAUUUUCCUCCCCACACUAAGUGGGGACAAGAAGUGCUCUUCCGGAUCGGGCCGAGGGUCAGUCUAGCCCAGCACUCUGCUUCCAACUGUGGACAGCCAAGGAAGCCCCUCCAGGCAAGGCACAGGGGCGAUAGGCCUCCGCUGUUCCUUAGCACCACCCCAGCGUUCUGGUAUUCAGAGGUAGACUGCCCUUGAACCUGCAGGCUCUGUUUUGCCGUCCUGAUGAAUAGCCACAGCUAGACCUCUGCUUUUUAAAAAUAUGACGCAACAAGCGAAUGCAAUGAAUGACCAGAAACGUGAUUUAGAGUUGAAAAAUAAAAGAAAAUGCAAUAAAUACUGACAAGACACUUGUUUUAGAAUUUAGAAAGGAAAGAAAGUGCAAUAAAUAAUGAGGGCUAGAAACUUCCUUUGAAAUAAAAAAAAAUGCAGUAAGUAAUAAGGACUAGAAACUUGCUUUAAAAUGUAGAAAAAGAAAUGAUAAAGUGGUGGUGAUGCGAGUUAUGCUUGGGCAUCUUUUGGCUCCCAGCUAUUCUCUCCUUCUCAAGGAACCCCAUCUCCUUCCAGGGGCCACUUGCGUUCUGAAGAAGAAAUUCUCUGCCAGCCAGUUCUGGCCCGACUGCCGGCGCCAUCACGUCACCAUCUUCCAGUACAUUGGGGAGUUGUGCCGCUACCUGGUCAACCAGCCACAGGUGAGUGCUGGGGGAUGGAGGCCCUCUGGUGGUGACAGGAGGGAUUGCCACGCAAGCAGGCAUCCCACUUCUCCGAAGUGUGGAGAGAGGUGUGUGACUCUUCCAACUCUUAAAAAAAAGGGGGGGGGCCUUUCAAGAGUUCCCUGGGAAGAAGGAUUGAUUCUUAAACCACUCUAGGAAUUGCAGCUCUAUGGGGCCCCCCCCACAACUCUCAUGAUAAUAAUAAUUUUUAUUAAUUUUCAAUUACAACCCAGUGAUAGCCUCAUUAAAACAAUACCAAAUUACAAUACAGUUACUCAUACCAAUCUUUCAAUUACCAAAUUAAAUAAUUUAGGUGCCCCCCUCCCACGUGCUAGAUCUGAUGGUUUGAUGGGUGUGUUUUUUAAUCUGCGUUCCAACAUCUUAUUAAUUUCAUUUAAAUUCCAAUCAUAAUAAUCCCAUAUACAACAACUGCAAUAUUUGCGACUUCUAUUUGUGUUAGUAUCCCCAACAACUCUCAGCACCCUUAACAAACGAUAGGUCCCAGGAUUAUUUGAUCUUCCGUGAACUUGUCUAAUUGUCUUCUAAAGCCACCCAAAUCAGGGGCCAUCAUCAUCACCUCCUGUGGGAUCUGCUAAGCUGUCCCUGCACCCCUUUAACUACUUUUUAAUUUAUUUAUUUUUUGAGAUUUGACCCUAUUUCUUGUGGCCCCUGGACCCAUUUCCAUUUUUUUUUUAAUUUCCAUUUUAUUUAUUUGUUAACAUUCUUGUAUUACAUCGGUAAACAUUGUCAUAUUACAUUACAGGACUUACUAUAAUAUAAUUUCCAACAUGUAUACAAAAAUUGUAUACAGAUUUUAUAUACCUAGAAAGGAAAUGAAACAGAAAAAAGAAAGAACAAAGAAAAAAACAAAAAAAAUUCCCCAAAAAUCAUAUACAGUGGUACCUCAGGUUAAGUACUUAAUUCGUUCCAGAGGUCUGUUCUUAACCUGAAACUGUUCUUAACCUGAAGCACCACUUUAGGUAAUGGGGCCUCCUGCUGCCGCCGCCCCGCCGGAGCACGAUUUCUGUUCUCAUCCUGAAGUAAAGUUCUUAAACCGAGGUACUAUUUCUGAGUUAGUGGAGUCUGUAACCUGAAGUGUAUGUAACCUGAAGCGUAUGUAACCCGAGGUACCACUGUACAUACCAACACACUAGACUUCCUGUCUUUCCCGUUGUAUAUUCCUUUUUUACAAAUGAAUGUACCCUGGAGCCAUUUCCAAGCAUCGGCCGAAUUCUCCUCCUUGCUCUCUGCUAAUUCCUCCUCCUCCUUCCUUCCCUCCCUCCCAGAGCCCCAGUGACCGGGAGCACACCUUGCGCAUGGCUGUGGGCAGCGGCCUUCGCCCGGAUGUCUGGCGUGAAUUCCUGCGCCGCUUUGGGAACCUGACGAUCGUGGAGACCUACGGCAUGACGGAAGGGAGCGUCAGCCUCUUCAACUACACGGGGGCCGUGGGUGCUGUGGGCCGCGCCUCUUGGCUCUAUAAGGUGAGCAUUGACAGGGUCUCUCCCAGGAAGCAGGUGGCGUUCGCGGAGCAGGUAUGGGGCAUCAGGAUGUGGCAAAGAGGAUACCUGAGGCCAGGGCAGGAUUUAGGUUUGAUGAGGCCCUAAGCCAGGAGUCAGCAAACUUGGUCAGCAGGGGGCAGGUCCACUGUCCCUCAGACCUUGUGGGGGGCUGGACUAUACUUUGGGGGAGGGGGGGGAAUGAACGAAUUCCUAUGCCCCACAAAUAACCCAGAGAUGCAUUUUAAAUAAAAGCAUACAUUCUACUCAUGGAAAAACAGGCUGAUUCCCUGACCGUCCGCGGGCUGGAUUUAGAAGGUGAUUGGGCCAGAUCCGGCCUCCGGGCCUUAGGUUGCCUACCCAUGGGACUCUGAGGCCUAGCUCAGACUUCUUUUCACUACAAAUGUAACUGUAACCACAAGAUUAAAGCCUGCCUUCAGGAUCCUACUGCGAACUGAAUGUAAGUAAACUUUAAAACUACAGUGGACGCUCGGGUUGCGAACGUGAUCCAUGCGGGAUGCACGUUCGCAACCCACAGCGUUCCUAACCUGCGUCUGCGCAUGCGCAGGUUGCAAUUUGGCGCUUCUGCGCAUGCGCGACCGCCAAAACCCGGAAGUAACCCGUUCCGGUACUUCCAGGUUUUGGCGGUCCGUAACCCAAAGAAACGCAACCUGAAGCGUCUGUAACCCAAGGUAUGACUGUACUUUAAACAAGGCUGUCAUGUUGUUCUUAUUUAUGAGGGAAAUAAAGGGGGAAUUUUACCAGGAACAAUCCAUUCUGGACAAGCCAGACUGGAUUGCUUAACUUAACAAAUCCAUCAACUUGCUUCUAGCAAUGUGCAAGCGAAUGCGCUCUGCUACUUGCUCACUAGUGUGAGUGAGGAGAGAUAAUAUUUAAUCAAUAUAUCCUCUCUUACCUUCCUCAACAUGAGGAUCUCAGAGACUGGGCAGGUCUGUAUGUGAAGAUACGGACUUUCAGAUAGCCUGGGCCUAAGCUUUGUAGGGACCUCCAGAUAGGGUUGAGCCUGGAGGUGGGAGCCUGUGUCCCCCUGGAAAUCGCUGGACUCCCAACUCCCAUCACCUCUAAAGGCCAGGGGUGAUGGCAGGAGCUGAAUCCCAUGCUUUAGCCCCCGUACCCAUUUCACUGUAUUUUUUGAAAGGCUUCACUUGCACCCCUACUCUCUGCAGAAGUUUGUCCCCUUCGAACUGGUCCGUUACGACGUGCUUCGAGGUGCUCCCUUCCGGGACAAGGCGGGACGCUGCCAGCGUGUCAAGAGAGGUGAGCAAGGUGUUGUCCGUUCAGUUGGGAGCAGAGAGAGAGAGCUGCCUUCCGUCCCACCAUGGCGCCCCCACCCUUCCAGGUCGGUGACUGUACGUCUCUCUGUUUUUGUGUCAGGGGAACCCGGCCUUCUGAUCUCUCCCGUGACUCCGCAGACACCUUUCCAGGGCUACGCCGGAGGGCGCGAGCUGUCGGAAUCCAAGCUCCUCCACGGGGUCUUUGCCAACAGGGACACCUAUUUCAACACCGGCGACCUGAUGGUGCAGGACAAGUGCGGCUUCGUCAGUUUCUGGGACCGUACUGGAGACACAUUCCGGUAUGUUUCCUCCUCCUCCUUUUCCUCUUGGAAGUUGUGGGUCAGGAACUCCUCUGGAUCUGAAGAGGGUGGCAAGAGCAAGUUUUUAUUCCGAAAGUGCGGCCCGGAGGAAAAUGUUUGAGAGCCGCUGGUUUAGAGAGCGCAGGUCCCUGCCUGCAGGAGCUUACAGUCUAAACUUUGUCAAGAGGAUGUCAAGGAGAGACGUGCAGGAGAGCUUUUGGGUUCUGUUGGGUUGGAAGUGAGGAGGCUGGAGACAUUUUACUCCCUUGGGAUGACUUCGCAAGUUUCAAACUGACCUGGAAACUGUCUCAGAAAUCUUGUUCCUUGAGUCAAGAUACCAUCUCUCCAUGCCUCAGUUUCCCUCUAGGUGGAGGGCAGCGUUGCACUCAGGUCCUGCUUCUGGGAUUUCCAGAAAAAGUAUCUGGCUGGCACUGUGAGGGAAGGAUGCUGAACUCUGGCCUGAUGCUGCUGCAGAGCCCUUCAGCUGUUCCUCUGUACUUCUCCUCCUCUCUGCCUCAAAUUCCUGGCAGGAAUCUCCAUCCUUUCCUUUCCCUCUGCCCCGGUUUCCCUUUAGGUGUCUAUUUCCUUUCUCCCCCUUUGUUCCCAGUUGCCGGCCGGCCUGUUCUUCUAUUCCAGGCUGGCUGGAGGGAGCAUUUUCCUCUCCAUUGAGCUACCCCACCUGCCCACUGGGAAACGUUAAGAACACCCAUAGCAUCUUCUUUGCUGGUCCUGGGCUUCUCCUGCCCAUCAGACUCUCUCCUCCUUUUAUUUUAAAUCGCCCGCUGCUUUGCAUUCUCCUGCUGCCCUGUCUUCUGAUGCAAAGGCGCCCCCGUGUGGCCUGACCUACAUUUCUCAACUUAAGCCGCUUUCAAAAGCCGGCUUGCUAUUUACAACACGGAGCUGGCCACAGGAGGGCGCUCUUUGCUAAAGAAAACUUUCUGGAGGGGGAAACAAGGACAGCCGCGAAGGAACCUCCCAAAGCAGAGGUGACCGAUGUGGAUGUUUUAAUAGAAUCGUAGAGUCGGAAGGGACCUCAAGGAUCAUCUAGCCCAACCCCCUUGCAGUGUAGGAAUAUGCAGGUGUCCCUUUCAGGGAUCAAACCUACAACCUUGGCAUUGUCAGCAGCACGCUCUAGCCGACUGAGCUAUCCAGUUUCGCCGGACUCCCAACUCCCAUCAUCCCUGAUGAACCACUGGCUGUGCUGCCUGGGGGCUGAUGGGAGUUGGAAUCCAGAUUCCCCCAUUAACAGGUGGACACUCGGGUUGCGAACGUGAUCCGUGCGGGAUGCACGUUCACAACCCGCAGCCUUCGCAACCCAUGUCUGUGCACACGCGGCUUGCGAUUCGGGACUUCUGCGCAUGUGCAAAGCAUGAUUUAGCGCUUCUGCGCAUGCGCAACUGUCGAAACCUGGAAGUAACCCGUUCCGGUACUUCCAGGUUUCGGCAGUCCGCAACCCGAAAAAACGCAACCUGAAGCGGCUGUAACCUGAGGUACGACUGUAUUAUUUUUUAUACAUUUUUAUUAAUUUUGUAACAUAUCAUUUCCAACAGUCAUUUAACAUACAUUCUUAUCUUAUACAAUAUUUUAGACUUCCGUCAACUACCUCUGAAGAUUUUCCGUUCUUUAUCACUUAAUCUGCAUUUCUUAAUUUCUCUUAUUACUUUUAAUUGUCCUUAACUAAUGAUUCUCUUCAUAGUCUUCCUUGCAAUAUUUCACCUAAUCCUCCUUACAAAACUUCUUGCAGUCUUACUAGCGUAAUCUGUUUGUUGCAAUUGCUUUUCAAACAGUUCAAAUAUUGACUCCACAGAUUCCCCCAUUUUGAGAGCAAGAGAAAUGGGAUCAAUGACCUAGCAGGAGGUUGGGCUCUGAUUUGCUGGGCGGAUUUUGAGUAGAAUUUGGACAGCCAGCCAUCUCCUAGCUCAGAAUGUCAUGUGUUGGGCAAUAAAUUGGACUUGACGAUCAGGGAAGAACAAUAACCCUCCAACUCUGUGGGUCUGGGAGUCUAUAUCCUCCACCUUUUUCAUCAUUAUCGUUUUUAAUUUUAGCUGUGAUGGCUGCUUUGCUCAGGGUUGGACUAGAUGACCCUUGAGGUCCCUUCAAAUUCUGUAAUUCUAUUAUCGUAUUAUAAUGCUUGCUUUACCCCCUUCCCAUGCCUGGCACAGAGCCACCUUGCCAGCCUCUGCCCCCAGGACUACGCCCUGCGAUUCCCCAGAUUCUUCCACAUCCCUUUAACCCUUUAAUUCUAUUUUCUCCCUGCCCUUUCCUAGGUGGAAAGGAGAGAACGUGGCCACGACAGAAGUAGGCGAGAUCCUGGGAAGUCUGGACAGCUUGCUGGAGGUCACUGUUUAUGGUGUCACGGUUCCAGGUACUCUUGAAAUGAGGGGCUCUAGAAUGUGUUUUUCAAAUUAUUAUUUUACUUCUUUAUUUGGACGGUUUAUAUACCACUUUUUAAAAAAUACCAGAACUCUAAGGUUAAAACAUCUUAAGCAAAACAGCAUUUUUUUUAACCACCAGAGAACAUCCACGUUCUACAAAACACAAUUAACAGAUAAAAUGGAGCGUCCUGUAAUCAAAAUAAACAUUAGGCAAUCAAACCAACUACAAAAAUAAUGUAAUUCUAGGAACCAUAUUACAGAGGUACCUUGGUUUACAACCGUAAUCCGUUCCGGAGGUCCGGUUGUAAACCAAAGAAGGUUGUAACCCAAGACGUGCUUUCGCCAAUGGGGCCUCCCUUCAAAAAUUGGUUGUAAUCCAAAAAAUAUAUCUAUAUAAAUGGGUUGUAAUCCAAAAAAGGGACACGCACUUCCGGGUUUGACAUGGUUGUAAUCCAAAGCAGUUGUAAUCCAAAGCGGUUGCAAACCAAGAUAACACUGUGCAGGAAAGGGCUGGGAUUUGGGUAGAGGGCGUCGCAGGCAUAGCUGUCAACGUUUCCCAUUUUUUAAGGGAAAUUCCCUUAUUCCGAAUAGGAUUCCUUGCAAGAAAAGGGAAAAGUUGACAGCUAUGGUCCCAGGGUGUCGGCCUGCCCCUUCUCGUCCUACUCAGCGUAGACCCAUCAAAGCUAAUGGACAUGACUAAGAACACCUUCCACUUUACCACAGAUACCACUUCAAAGAGCCACGGUUUCCCCCAAAGAAUUCUGGGAAGUGUAGUUUGUUGAGGGGGCUAUUUCUCUCACAGGCCUACAAUUCCCAGAGUCCCCUGGGAAGAGGGAUUGAGCACUGAACCACUCUGGAAAUUAUGUGAUGGAUUGAUCUCCUGCCUCCUAAACCCUUCAGAAGAUAUCCGGUGUUUCUUCAAUUGCUGGACGUUUCCAAAUUGUGUGUGUUUGUAGCCUCAAUCACCCCACAACCCCACUUCACACAAUCAUGGCUUCUCCCAAAGGAUCUUGGGAAGUGUAGUUCAUUUAGAGUGUCGAGAGUUGUUGGCAAACCCCUGUUCCCCUCGCCGAACUACAAUUCCCAGAGUUCCCUGGGACGAAAGGGGUGUGGAUUGUUCAAACCACUCUGGGAACAAUAGGCGUUGGCCACUGUAAGAAAAAAAGAUGCCGGACUUUUGUGGGCCUUCGGCCUCAUCCUGCAAGGCUCUUCUGAUGCCGAUAGCUGUGAUUGUUCAGAAUGGAACUCUUAAUUUCGGGUCACGGGUUCGAGCCCCACCUAGGGCAAAAGACUGAAGGGGGUUGGACUAGAUGACCCUUAAAAAAACAGAUAUAUAUAUAAUCAUUUUUUCGAUACAAACAACAACCGCAAAAGACACUACAACAAAACCAUAAGAACAAUAAUAACACAAUUUGACAAUUCAGAUUUAAAAACACUGAUAAGUAUAUGACUGCAGCCUUUUAACAAUAUUUUCCCACCUCUCUCUCCUCCCCCCACUAUCCGCCUUAUUGCUUAAAUAUUCAUUCCAGAUUUCUUCAUAUUUAUCCAUUCUUAAUUUGGGCCGACAUGCAAUUCGUUCAUAUGUAGCUAAUCUGUCCUCAGUGUGCUCAGUGGGAUGUUUUUGCGGCUCUUCCAAUUCAUCAAAACAAUUUUUUUGCUUCUAAUAUAGCGCAGUACAUCCAUUUUUUUUUUGACCCCUUGUGGUCCUUUCCAACUGUACAAAUCUAAUAUUCUAAGAGCCUCCCUGUCCCAAGGCAGUCUACCUCUGAACAGUAGAUGCCGGAGACAAACAACGAUGCCUUAAGCACCCUGCCUGGGGACUUGCUGGAGGAAUCUGGUUGGCCACAGUGGGAACAGGAUGCUGGACUUAGGUGGGCCAUUGGCCUGUUCUGGCUGCCAGGGAGUCAUUCUGGACUCACAGCUGUCCAUGGAGGCCCAGGUCAAUUCUGUGUCCAGGGCAGAUGUUUACCAGCUCCAUCUGGUACGCAGGAUGAGACCCUAUCUGCCCGCGGACUGUCUCGCCAGAGUGGUGCAUGCUCUGGUUAUCUCCCGCUUGGACUACCGCAAUGCACUCUACGUGGGGCUACCUUUGAAGCUGACCCGGAAACUACAACUAAUUCAGAAUGCGGCAGCUGGACUGGUGACUGGGAGCAGCCGCCGAGACCACAUAACACUGGUCUUGAAAGACCUACAUUGGCUCCCAGUAUGUUUCCGAGCACAAUUCAAAGUGUUGGUGCUGACCUUUAAAACCCUAAACGGCCUUGGUCCAGUACACCUGAAGGAGCGUCUCCACCCCCAUUGUUCUGCCCGGCCACUGAGGUCCAGCGCCGAGGGCCUUCUGGCAGUUCCCUCACUGCGAGAAGUGAGCUUACAGGGAACCAGGCAGAGGGCCUUCUUGGUAGUGGCGCCUGCCCUGUGGAACCCCCUCCCAUCAGAUGUUGAGGAAAUAAACAACUAUCCGACUUUUAGAAGACAUCUGAAGGCAGCCCUGUUUCGGGAAGCUUUUAAUGUUUGAUGCAUUACAGUAUUUUAAUAUUUUGUUGGAAGCCGCCCAGAGUGGCUAGGGAGGCCUAGCCAGAUGGGCGGGGUAGAAAUAAUAUAUUAUUAUUAUUAUUAUUAUUAUUAUUAUUAUUAUUAUUAUUCUGAUGCUCAGGCAGGCCUAACUAGGCCCCUGCUUGCCAGAGGUUCCCAUACGGAUAUACAGUGGUACCUCUGGUUGCGAACCGGAUCCGUUCCGGAGGCCCGUUCGCAACAUGAAAAGAGCGCAACCCGCAGCGGCGCGUCUGCGCACAUGCGGGUUGCGAUUCACUGCUUCUGUGCAUGACGUCAUUUUUGUGCUUCUGUGCAUGCGCGAGCAGCAAAACCCGGAAGUAACCCUUUCCGGUACUUCCGGGUCGCCGCGGGACGUAACAUGAAGCGGACGUAACAUGAGGUAUGACUGUAUAUCCGCUUGUGGCGCAUUCCAGAGUGAGACCCAGCCUUCAUCUCCCUCUCUCCCUGCCUCUUCCCCCAGGGCACGAAGGCCGAGCGGGCAUGGCGACCGUGGUGCUGAAGCCAGGACAGGAGUUUGAUGGUGAUCAGGUCUACACGCACGUGGUGGAGCUCCUCCCGCCCUUCGCCCGCCCUCGAUUUCUGCGCAUCCAGGUACGAGGAGCACCCAAUGCAGCCUGCGCCUCUUCCACAGCCAUGCAGGAAAGAGGGGUGUGUGUGUGAGUGUGUGUGUGUGUGUUGGAGGCUGGGUUCCCGGUGCCGGGAAGCGGUGAUGAGCAGGAUCUUGUGCCGGAACGCAGCCCCGUGGUAGUCUCAGCGCUUGCGUCUGUAGCGAAAAGAGGCCCUGCUUCUGAUUUUUCCCUGCUUCUGAUUUUUCUGCCAAAGGUGGAUGUCAGCCCUGCAGCCCCCCAGGCCUCCCUCUCUGGCCUCUUGGGAUUCACCUCGGGUUGCACCCCUUAUCCUCAGACCACACCCCUUGCUGCCCCAGCGUCACACCUCCCUUGGGGAUUGUUCCCUGGCUGAAAGCUGUUUCUGAACUCUGAUAUGCUACCCAUUUGCAUGGCUGUGGGAUAGAGAGGAUGGAUGUAGGAUAGAUGUAGGAUAGGAUUGGGACGCGGGUGUCGCUGUGGGUUAAACCACAGAGCCUAGGACUUGCCAAUCAGAAGGUUGGCAGUUCGAAUCCCCGCGACGGGGUGAGCUCCCGUUGCUCGGUCCCUGCUCCUGCCAAUCUAGCAGUUCGUAAGCACGUCAAAGUGCAAGUAGAUAAAUAGGUACCGCUCCAGUGGGAAGGUAAACGGUGUUUCCAUGCGCUGCUCUGGUUUGCCAGAAGCGGCUUAGUCCUGCUGGCCACAUGACCCAGAAGCUGUAUGCCGGCUCCCUCAGCCAAUAAAGCUAGAUGAGCGCCGCAACCCCAGAGUCAGUCACGACUGGACCUAAUGGUCAGGGGUCCCUUUACCUUUAACUUUACCUUUAGGAUAGAGAGAGGGGUGGGUGUGGGUCAGUCCCGUCCCCCCCAUUUGUAUUUUAUUAAGUUUCAACCCUUUUAACACAUACAGUCAAAACGCAAUUUCGUCUUUUCUCUUGUUUUUGUCGACUUCCCGCCCCGUUUUCCAUUGUUGCUCCUCCCGUUCUGCUGCACCCGAUCUUCCGUCUGCCGAAUCACAGCCACAAUAUUACAAUCUAAACGUUUCUGUCGCUCAUAGCUCAAAUCCUCCUUGCCACUUCAUCAUACCAUAUAUCUUUAAACAGUCCGAAAAAGGCAUCCGUUCUCCCAUAAAAGAUUCUCUUAAUUUUGUGGUUAAUUUUUACCAAUUCUGCAUUGUCCAUUAACUUACCCAUUCUUUGGGUGGGAGUCAAUUUAAGCUUUUGCCUCUGGCCCUGCACACCUCUGCUAUGCGGCCCCCAGAAGGCUGCCUAUCCGUCAGAGAUGCUGCCAGCUGCAACGUCCCUGCAUUCGGCGGGGUGGCCUGGAUGACCUCCCGAGGUCCCGACCCCUCAAUUCUGUCCUUUCUCUCUCCUUCCCGCCAGGAACACUUGGAGCUGACGGACACCUUCAAGCAGAAGAAGGUCCGCCUGGCAGACGAAGGCUUCAACCCGACGCUGAUCUCAGACCCUCUUUUCUUUCUGGAUGACGCUGCGAAGUCGUACGUCCCUCUGACCCACGGCGUCUGGGAGGGGAUAGCUGCUGGUCAUGUCCGGUUAUAACCUGCACCCGCUUCUCCCGAUUCGUACCCGAACCCCAGUGCUCUGAGCUGGGGGCUGCAGGGUGUCCUUGAAGACUCUAGCCUCCUUCGUUUCCACCUCGGCCUUAAAAGGCUCUUGUGCCUCUUUCUACACCCCAGAUUUUCUCUCCUAGCUGUGCCCCAGGUGACCCCACGCCUCUGCUAGUGGGGUGCCCCCUUAGCGAGGACUUGACGCCCCCUCCUAGCCCCUCCACACAAAUGAAGAGGGAGGGCUUAUUCCUGCCCAGAUGUUGUUGGACUCAACCUCCAAUCAUCCUCAACCCAGUCCAUCAUCUGAGGGUUACCUCCUUUACACCUCUGUACAUGUAGAAAUUAAUUUUUGUCCAGUGGUGAUUUGCAAUCUUGCUACUGUUAAGCCACUGGGAAUCCACCAUCCUUACUGAUCUACUGCAGAUCACCCAGAAAUCAACCGGCAGAUCCUCGUUUUCGUCCUGUCCUCCCUUGUGGCUGCUCUCUUCCUCUGUAAGAAUUUCCCUUCCUGGGUUGGGCUAUGGCAGGGCUGGGGGGCCUGUUGUUGGACUAUAACUCGCAUCAUCCCUGACCCUCUGGCUGUGGGGGCUGCUGGGAGUUGAAGUCAAACGACAGCUCCCAUCGUUCGUGGCCAUUGGCUGUGCUGACCGGGGCUGCUGGGAGUUGCAGUCCUAGAGCAUCAUGGUUCGACAGCCCCCAUCGGCCCUGAUGGCUGGCGAUGCUUGUUGCAGGGGCUGAUGGGAAAUUCCUCCGUCUCCAUGCUGUGGCCCAGCAGCUAACUUAUUCCCAGUAGUGCCCAACCUCGUUGCCUUUGGGAAAACUUGCAAAGCGGAUCACGGAGGCUGACGGGCCGUAGCUGUUAAGACCAUGAUCCGUCCUCCAGUUCUGGUGUCGACUCGGCCCCAUCUGGUGGUCGCCACCCAGCUGCUGUGCCUCAGAUACUUCAGUCUCCCAUCUACAAUAGGGAGAAAUGGAACACCAGCCCGCCUUACAAGACUGUUGUGUGAAUCGCUGAAAUAACAGAUGCGGCACACAUGGACUGGACAAACCACAUCAAGUCUUAUUUUCACGAUGUUCUCUGGGCUGGGACGAGAAGUGGGGUAUUUUUGUGAGGUGGCGUUGCUCUUCUGCUCUGCCGACGAGGUUUUUUUGCAGGCAAUGGGCCUGCUUUUAGGAGUUAGCAGGCCUGGUUUCAAGGUGAGGGGCUUGUGAGGGAACUAUGGGUUGGGGUUGUUUAUUUUCUAUUCUUCGUAUCAAAUAAAGUUCCUUUUUUUUUUUUGUACCAGCUG